GAGGAAUGGAAUAUAUAUCUCCCGAUUGCCCACAGAGACGGAGGGAGAGGAGAGGGUUCAUGGUUUCACUCAAAUUGUGGCACUGCCAUCUAUAAAAAGCCACGUCAGUUCCAUAUGAUGACGAUAAUCACUAGCCCAUAGAUCUGAGAGACACCCCGAGAGAGAGGGGCAGAUUUGUGAGAGAUUCAGGGAGAGAGAAAGAGAGAGCUUUUAGCUGUCGAGUUUAUCUUGUUCAAUCUUGAUACGGUUGUUUCAUUUUGGGCCCGGGAAAUUAGAACAGAUGGGAGAGGAAGAGAAGAAACCGGAGGAACCCACGAAGGCGCCGGAGGCGGAGAAGAAGGAGGCGCCGCCAGCGGAGGAAUCCAAGAAAGCACCGCCGGCUCCUCCGCCGCCGCCGGAGCCGAUAGUUCUUAGAGUCUACAUGCAUUGCGAGGGCUGCGCCAGGAAGGUCCGGAAAUGCCUCAAGGGUUUCCAAGGAGUGGAAGAUGUUGAGACUGAUUGCAAGAACCAUAAGGUUGUGGUGAAGGGCGAAAAGGCAGAUCCACUGAAGGUUCUGGAAAGAGUCCAGCGAAAGAGCCACCGUCAGGUGGAGCUGCUCUCUCCGAUCCCCCCGCCGCCGCCGCCGGAGGACGCCAAGAAGCCGGAGGAGAAGGAAGCUCCAAAGCCCGAAGAGAAAAAAGAACCUCCGGUGAUUGUCACAGUAGUUCUCAAAGUUUACAUGCAUUGUGAAGCUUGUGCUCAAGAAAUCAAGAAACGGAUUCUUAGAAUGAAAGGAGUUGAGAAUGUGGCACCGGAUCUAAAGGGCUCACAGGUGACCGUUAAAGGCGUCUUCGAGCCGGCGAGUCUGGUGGAUUACGUUUACAAGAGGACCGGGAAGCAAGCUGUGAUAGUGAAGCAGGAGCCCGAGCCGGAGAAGGAGGAAGAGAAGGGCAAGGAAGGGAAAGAAGAGAAGAAACCGGACGACGCCGGCGACGGAGAGAAGGCGGCGGCCAAGAAGGGGGAAGACGGCGCGAAGGAGAAGAAGGCUGGCGACGGGGAGCAAGCGGCGGCUCCUGCGGCGGAGGGCGGCGAGGACGCGGCGAACGUGGUGGAGUUGAAGAAGAACGAGUUCUUCCAAAAUUACCCCCAGAAUUUCCAGGUCUACCCCUCCCAGCCGCGAUACGAACUGCACGCUUACCCUUCACCGUUGCCUUACCCUCCUCAGAUCUUCAGCGACGAGAAUCCAAACGCCUGUUCCGUCAUGUAAAAAAGUCGAUGUAACGGAGGGUAAAAUGGUAAAAGCGAGCACAUGGGUAAUGACAGCGGGGGUGGUGGUGGUGGUGUACAUGUGCCGUGUUUGGCUGUCUCGCGUCGUAUCUGCAGAGGGAAACGGUAGGAUUUUGUGAGGCUUUGUUGUACUUUUUUCUCUUUUUGUUUAUCUUUUUGAGUAACUGUUAGAUAUAAAUAAUAAUAUUUUAUAUUAAAUGCCAUAAGGAAAACAUAUAUAUUAUAUAUAUAUAUCAUAUUUUAGGUGGGUUUCCAUAUUGGGUUUGGUGAAAAGGCCUUUCUUUCUUUUUUUUUAACUC